AUGCAGCACGAAGAGCAGCAAAGCUUGAGUUCAACUACAGCGACAAGUUGGAAUGGCAGCGUUGACUCGCGCACAGCAUCCACCGCAUCGCUGGUGCAGCACAAGCUUAGAAGUACGCCAAUCAAAUCGGCAUCUCGCGUUGGACCUGGUCUGCUGCUCUUUCCGGGCACGGCCCAAAGAACCGAUCCAAGUCAGCCAGUUAAGGACGACAAACUGCAGAAAUCAACUGCAAACUCUAAGGAAGAUCAUGUGGGGCUCAAUCAUCGUAAGCCUUGCAGCAUACGCAGCUUUCGACGUCCUCCGCUCUGGCAGCCGCCUGCCAUCAACACGGAGCAGGAAGCGCUUGAAGAGCAGCAGCUGCAGCUGAGCCCAUUGCCAUACAUGGCCAAGCUGCACGCUUUUAUAAUCGAAUUUCUGCAAGGAUCUUCGAUCCAUGGAUUCAUCUAUUUGGCCAAAUUUGGCUUGAACUUCUUGGAACGCAUGCUUUGGUUUGCCUUCAUCUGCGUGGCAUUGUUCAGCAUCAUCUCGCUGAGCCACCGCACUUGGCAACGCUUCCAGACCUCGCCCAUGGUCAUCUCGAUGGAUCGCAAUAAGCUGGUGUGGAAUACCAGCUUCCCAUCGCUGACCGUGUGUCCGCAUAAGCGCAUAGACGACAUCAAGCUGGAGGAAUAUAUAGACGCACAUAGCGAGCAGUUCGUGGACGAGGACGACAAGGAGUUUUUCCGGGAUUUUAUUAUCAAACUUGCGAGUCUCACAUACGACAACUUGGAAACUCUGCCGCUGAACAAAUCGUAUGGCAUCGACAGCAGCGACUAUCUGAGCUUGCUCUAUGAAUUGAAGUGGCCCUUCGAGCCGGAAAUCAGCAGCGGCGCCGCUGUCAAAAUGUUUAUCUAUGAGACGCAAACAGAGUUUGGCAUUUGCCACUCAGUCAACUCGCUAGUGGCACGCUACAAUACCUACAAAUAUUGGCGCUCGGGCGAUUGGAGCAUUUUGGAUCAUGGCGAUCGUGUGACAGUUCAUCCGCUCGACGGCGAGAUCUAUGCACAGAUCAUCAAUCUGUCGACAGCCUACGAUGUCUACUUUCACGGCCCUGGCGAUGUGCCCAGCAUAUCGAAGCAGCGAUACACCUUUCCCGAGAGUGACUACACAACCGUGGAGCUAAUUGCGCUGGAGAUCUACACGAACGAGGAUGCCAGAGCCUUCAAUACCAAACAGCGCAAAUGUCGCUUCCAGUACGAGGCCGACGAGAUGCAAACGGUGCCCAUUUACAGCUUCGGCUUGUGCCUCUCCGAGUGCCGCAUGUUCUUCGCCCUGCGCGUUUGCGGCUGCGUGCCACACUUUUAUCGCAAUCGGCUGCGCAACGGUCGUCUCUUGCCAAUAUGCGGUUUGGAGGGCAUCGGCUGCUUGGUCAAAAUUAAACGCGAGAUAAUCUCCUUAAAAUCGGAUAAAUACCAAAUCAGUUGCAAUUGCUUGUCCAACUGCGACGAUUCCAACUUCUUCGUGCAGUCCUACCGGUCUCGCGUCUGGUUUCUGGGCGCUAAUCUACAAUGGGGCAUUAUUGAUUACCCCAAAAUGCAGCUGCGCCGUGAUGUGCUCUUCUCCUUUGCCGAUGUUUUGGUCUAUAUUGGUGGCCUGGUCGGUUUCUUCUUGGGCUGCAGCGCCUUGAGCUUCACGGAAAUUAUUUACUAUUUUACAGCCCGUCUGGUGCGUCGCAUGUUUUGCAACUGAGCUGGA